AUGGCAACUCGGCAUCUGUCCCAGCAUAGAAGGCGGCCAGGUCUGGAGAGCUGGGCGCGACAAGCAUCACCGGCCGAGUUGAAUGCGACUGCUGGGGCAGCUGGAGGUUUUGUGGCAGGUCUGGUCACUUGUCCCCUGGACACAAUCAAAAUACGCCUCCAAGCCCAGGAGGCGUAUGUUCCGAUCAUUCUCCGUUUGCGGAAGAGGCACCGCUCUUGCAGUCAGAGGUUCUAUAAGGGUACUUUCGGAACCGCACGGGUCAUACUGAGACAAGAAGGAAUCAGAGGUCUUUAUCGAGGAGGGGGUCUCAUUAUUCUGGGAUACCUCCCAACAUGGGCUGUAUGGUUUGCAACAUAUGAGAAGAGCAAGCAUGUGCUUCAAAACACGUUUGAUAGCACCUUAGUUGUCAACAUGUGCUCUUCGAUCAUUGCUGGAGUUGCGUCCACUGCUAUUACGAAUCCAAUAUGGGUUCUCAAGGUGCGCGUGAUGUCACAGGCGCACCAGGCCAAGAGACGCUGUCCCACGAAGUUGGCAGAUAUGACAUCGUCAUCUUACCAUCGGCCUCACUGGUACUACCGCUCUGGCUUCGAUGCUGCUCGGAAGAUAUACCGAUACGAAGGAGCACCUGCAUUCUACGCCGGGCUAUGGCCUGCGCUCGUAGGAAUAUCCCAUGUCGGGGUUCAGUUUCCAGCCUAUGAGUAUUUAAGGCGGAAAUUCACCGGUGGCGGCAUAGGCGAUCCUGGAGCAAACUGGUUCGCGGUUCUCUACGCUUCGAUCUUUUCCAAGAUGCUCGCGAGCAGUGUCACAUAUCCCCACGAGGUCAUCCGCACAAGGCUACAGAUCCAGCGACGUGCAAUGCUGGGACCGGAGUUUUUGAACGGGCUUGGCAGCGUUCAACGACAAUCGGAUGUCCUGCUUCGACCAAAAUAUAGGGGGAUGGUCUGCACAUUUCAGACAGUUCUCAGAGAAGAGGGCUGGAGGGCGCUCUACACCGGUCUGGGCACCAACAUGCUGCGAACAGUGCCUUCCGCAGGUGCCACAAUGUUGACAUAUGAGUAUGCGAUGCAGACCUUGAACAGCCUCAGGGAGUCGAAGCUCGACCCAGAUGGGGCCUUGUGA